GCUGUGUGUUUUCCUCUCCUGAUAACGCAGGCAGCUUCGAUCCCCGACUACAGGGGCCCCAAUGGCAUAUGGACGUUGCUGCAGAAGGGCAGGAGCAUCAGGGCUACAGAUCUGAGCGAGGCAGAGCCCACGCUCACCCACAUGAGCAUCGCCUGCCUGCACAAGCACAACCUGGUGCAGCACGUGGUCUCUCAGAACUGUGACGGGCUGCACCUGCGGAGCGGGUUACCCCGAGCAGCAAUCUCUGAACUCCACGGAAACAUGUACAUAGAGGUCUGCACUUCCUGUACACCCAACAGAGAGUACGUGCGAGUGUUCGACGUGACGGAGCGCACGGCCCUGCACAGGCACCACACGGGCAGGACGUGCCACAAGUGCGGGGCACAGUUGAGAGACACAAUCGUCCACUUUGGGGAGAAGGGGACGUUGAGACAGCCCCUGAACUGGGAAGCAGCAACAGAAGCUGCGAGCAAAGCAGAUGUGAUUCUUUGUCUGGGUUCCAGCUUAAAGGUUCUGAAGAAG